AUGGACCAGGCCUCAGAGAGGGAUUACAAGUAUGACAUCUACACCGUCUUCGCGAAUCAUUUCGGUGCAACAUGUGCACUCGUGGACGGCCUGUCAGUCCUAGACUCUCGAGGCGGGGCUCUCAGAGGGCACCAGUACAAGGCCUUCCGGGAGAGCUACUUCCCAAUAGCGCUGCUUCAGAAGUCCUUGGAGGUGCACCUAGAGAGGGGGGAAGCGAGCGUGGAGGAGGACCGCAGGCACAUCCUCAACUCCAUCACCAGAAGCACAGACCUGGAUGCGGAGCCCAUGAGUGAGCACGAUGCUUACGUCAAGGUCAACGACAUGCUGCGCGGCCGCCUGGCGUCCUCCACCGUGCCAGCCUGCUUGUUGGGCACCGAGCGGUUGAGGUCCUUGUUCCUAGCCGCCCUUCCGAGGAGCCACGGAGUCACAGCAAUCGCGGCGAAUUUUGACAUGGACGAAAGGUUGACCCCCGAGAUCCUUGGGGCAUUUGUCGGAGCACUGCCCCACAGCCUGACACACUUGCAGCUCGGGGAGAUCAGUUUUCAUGUGCAGCCAUUGCCCUACGACGAGCUUGAUAACCUCCCCAACCUCCAAGAGCUCGAGUUGUAUCAUUGCCCGGGCUUUACUCUGGAGAACUUCAAUGCGGGAGACAAGACGUGGACUCAAGGCGACUCCGUCAAGCCGAACACUCGGAUCAUGAAGCCGAUGCACGAGCUCCC